CCAACAAAUGAAAUCAUACGAUCGAGCUCUCAGUCUCAGACCCAGCUCUUAUAUAUCAUUCAUACAUAAUAUAUAUUCUUAAUCUCUUAAUUAUAUCAACUUAAUUACAUUAAUUAAUAUUAUUGUUCCAUGGAUGCCAGCAGGAAGAGCAGCGAUGGGACGGCGAUCAACAUUCUGGACUCGUCCAAGUCCACCAAAGCCGCCACGGAAGCUGCCCAACACGGCGGAGGAGGGGGGAGGAAAGGCGUCGCCAUCUUCGACUUCAUCCUGAGGCUCUGCGCCAUUGCACCUGCUUUGGCCGCCUCUGCUACCAUGGGGACUACUGCCGAAACCCUUCCCUUCUUCACCCCGCUCUUCCAGUUCCAAGCCCAAUACAAUGAUAUUCCAACUUUUACUUUCUUCGUCAUCACCAAUGCAAUCGUGGCUGGGUAUCUUUUCCUCUCCUUGCCUUUCUCCAUAGUGUGCAUCGUUCGCCCCCAUGCAUUGGGACUGAGGCUACUGCUUCUCAUCUUGGACACGGUGAUGAUGGCUUUCACCGCAGCAGCUGCUUCGGCCGCAGCGGCCAUCGUCUACUUGGCACACUCCGGCAAUCCCAGCGCGAAUUGGGCCCCCAUCUGCCAGCAGUUCAAUAACUUCUGCAAAAGUGUUAGUGGAGCUGUGGUGGGUUCGUUCAUUACGGCGGUGCUGCUCGUGUUUCUGGUUCUGCUCUCUGCUGUGGCUCUUCGAAAGCAUUGAGAUCAGAACGGAGACUUUCUGUGAGAUAUAUAUAUUCUGCAGUGCUUGUAUGCAUAUUGGGUUUCAUUUUCCUGGAAAAAUGAGCUUUUUUCUGGGGGGGUGUGGAGUGAAAUUUUCUUGUCAUUGCUGUUAACUGGGUCAGAUCCGUCUCUGUCGUUUUUCAUUUCUCAUGAAUUGGACUUGUUAAGUUUGGCGUCAUAAC